UUGAAAGCCUCCUACUUUAAAAAGAAGCUUUCACUUACGGUAGCAGCUCACAUGUGCAGCUGCACAGAUAUCACCUUGUUGUCUGUAGUCCAUUCCGAUCUUUAAAUCUGCAGAAGAAACACUUUGUUUGUUUUUUUGUUGCUCAAUGGAGUUGAAAAUGUAUACUUCAUAUAUUCUAUAGGAGACUGCUACAAAAUAGGAGAAGCAAAUAAUAUAACCAAAAGUCCCAGAAGACAUGUGAGCUGAGAUCAGUUUCGUAUUGACCCAGUAUAAAAGAGAUUUCAACAUUGGAAGACUUCUCUUUAUUUCUGUAUUAAUAAUCCCAUGGACUGAUGUUGACUGCCUGCUUGAAUGCAAUUCAACUGUACUCGAAUCGAGGGGUCAUUAUGUGUUUUCAAAGUAAAGUGUGAAGACAACCACAUCGUACAAGUCAAGGAAGACCACAAACCACAGAGACCACCCGUUCCACAAGCCUCAAGUCUACUUCUCUGUUUUGAGUUCUUAUUCAUAAUCAGCAAGAAGGACUUUAGUCGAGUAUUUAUUUUUUGUUACGUUAUACACAGGUGUUGCUUUGGAACCAAGUUCAAACCAUUCACACCGAAUAAGAGACAGGGAAACAAGACUCCCCCACCCUCUUUGAUGUCAAUGGAGCGUUUGUGUCUUAUCUUCUGCAGUAUCUGUGUCAGUGCUGUGCUUGUUAGCAAUGAAGUUAUACUGCUCUCUCAUACUCCAGUCCGGCUCCAAGUAAGGCUGGGAGAAAUGGCCGUAUUCACCUGCAACUUAACAGCUCUGAACUUCACUCCUAACGAUAUUAACUGGUAUAGAGAAAUAAACAGCACACAAAUAAAAAUCGCAGAUGCAAAGGCUACAGAGAAUACAAGACUCAGCAUCACUGCAGACUGGGGACAGAAAAAGGCUGUGCUGUACAUAAAAAAUGUAACACCCCAUGACAGUGGACAAUAUAAGUGUAGGCAUGUAAACGUACAGCAAAAAAGUCAAAUCUUUAGCAGCAACACAUCUGAACUGAUUGUAGUAGAUCUCCAUUAUUUGGCUACAACAGUGACUGACCAAACUAAGCAGCAAGGACCAGCAGAGCAUCAAGAGCAUCAAGAAAAAAAGACUGUCAUUAUUACGUCCAUUCUUCUGGUUCUUGUUCUACUGCUCCUUAUUGGAAUUGUCACUUUUCUAGUGUGGUAUAAACAACGAAACAAGAUGCCACAGCCUCAACUACGACAUCUGGAAAAACCAUACCAGAAUUCUGAUGUUUAUACUGUGGACUAUGGAGUGUUAGAUUUUGGGAAUAAUCAACCCUACAGAAAAUCUGCAGAAAUAUCCAUACAGGAGCAAGUGGAAUAUGCUACAAUCAUGUUCCCAUAGGGGAUGCUGUAUAUGGGAAAAACACUGUUUGACAUUGUUUUUCUAUAUUGACAGAUAAAUCUGCUGUGAAUCCCAAUGUCAAUAUGUGAUUUGAGCUAAUCUGGAAACAGAUUUACACUGUGUAAAAUUAUAAGACCAGAUAAUCCUUUUAAUGGACUACUAAAUCAUAUGGUUUGACUGGGAUAGGAACCGUAUAUUGUAGCUUAACUGUUUCAGUGACUGAUGAGCAUUUGUGGUACAACCCAUGUUUCAACUUUUUAUGUGGUGGAGAGUUGCUUAAAGUGGUAGUAAAAUACCUGUUGUUUACUUGGACCCACAGGUAAGCCUAAAAUAAGGCUUACCUGUAGGUACAGUAAAUAUCUCUGUAGGUACAGAGAUAUCUACUAAAGUAGAAGCCAGUAACGUCACCGGCGAAUGCGGGCUGUGCUCUCAAUGGAUGGCUUGCCAUCCAAUAAGAGAGCCAUGCUGCGGCAGUGACUCCCACAUAUGUGUGGGAGUGAAGUCAUCGCGGCUUGGCCAGUCAAGCAGCCGAAGCCCAGGAACCCGGAAGGAAGACCGGGUAAAGAUGGAAGCCCUGUCAGCAGUGACAGCACAUUCUUUUUUUGCAGUUUACUACCGCUUUAAUAAAAAUGAAUGUGCUUGUCCAAAAUAUUGAUAUGCAGGGAUAACCAUUGAGGAUCAGGCCACCCAAAUUAUUCUUUUGUUUUUGGAUAUUUGGAUAUAUGCUGAGAAAUGAAAAAAAAAAUUGUCUUCUUAUGUUAAUGGUGGAGAUCUCUGCACUUGAGUUUCCAACUCCAAGCACAUGCCCCGACUUUUUGUUGGGGAAUCACACUUUCUUUUUUUUUUUCCAUUUAUUUUAUCAUUAACAACAUGUAUGUGGCCUCUUGUUAUAGAAAAUGAGUAUUAAUGACUGGGGAACUCCAGGGGGAUGGGAGGUGAUCUAGAAUAUACUAUAUAAGAAAACCCAAAUGCCAUUGGGCAAUUGAGACCACCAAUACCCACCCAUAUACAGGGGGUCCCCGACUUACGAACAUCUGAGUUGCGAACGACACCUACUUACGAACGGGGCCCGAGAGACGUCACACGGCCUUGUCUGGCCUAGUGCAGCCUCCAGAUCCCCGGUCUUUCCUGCGCCGCUGCCCACGCGGAGGUGCACCGCAGCCGGCCUGCCUGGAUUCGGAUCGCAUCCAUCUCCCUGCUGUACCAUCAGGUGAGCUGCCUGGCAUAUAUGUAUAUGCCUAUGUAGACAGUACAGUACUUAUACCGGAUGUCGCC